AGGACGUGUUGUUGCUUGUGUCCAGCUCCAGUCAGCGCUGCAGUGGAUUAGUCAGCUGCUUUUAUUUAAAGGUUGUGCAGGGAGACAGAGUGCAGGAGCCUCGGUCAGUGUGCGAGCGUCUGAUCUUCAAGAUGCAGCGCAUCUACAUGCACAGCAAUGAACACUUUGAAGUCUUCACCACUGUCCUUGCUCCUCAAGGGAGGUAUCGAUUCAGGGCAGAAGCUGAAAAGAUGGUGGUGGUGCACAGCUACAGGCCCCACUGGCCAGAUGAGCUGGAGCUGUCUCCGGGUGACGUCAUCCUGGUGCUGUCCAAACAUGAGGAGGAGAGGUGGUUUGGGCGGCUGCAGGAUGGCCAGCAGGGCUACUUCCCCGCCUCCUGUGUGAUGGAGCUGAGCCAGCCGAAUCUUCCUCCCAGAGGCCUGCGAAGGAGUUUAUCUCUGAGACCCUCAGCACGGGACAACGAUUCAGGUGUUCGCAGUAGAUAUGUAAAUGGACACAUUCUGCAGGCACUCAGGAGGGGGAGCAGAGGAGGUGGAGGAGGAGGAGGAGGAGGGGGAGGGGGAAUGGCCCUGGACCGGGGCCAGGGUGAGAGCGAGGGCCCCUUCCCGGUGCGCAGGCCCCAGAUCCCUCAGCCUCAGCCUGUGGCCUCCCAACCUCAGACACACAGAUCCCCGGGCCUGUUCAACAGGAUUUUGUCCAAGUGCCGGAAAAAGAGUGAAUGCCAGGGAGCCACAAACGGGGCCUUCGAGGAUGACUAAGAGGCCCAACUCUUUGUCCUGGGUGGCUGAGCUGAGUUCACUGUGGUGGGGCUGCUGUGGGGGUGGUGGGGUGGGCGGAGAAGCUUCUGAAAAACUGAAGACAGGUCUUGAAGUACUUGGUUCCAUAUCAGGUAUUCUCGACUUGGCUGCAUUUCAAGAAACAAGAGGUUAAAUACACCCCAGUGUGAAUGUACAGACACACACAGCAAUUAGUGAUGUCACAGAGGGUGUUUUGCCAAUUACAUCUGAUGAGCAGCACCUGCUGUGACAUCACUGAUUGGUGGGCGUGUCCAGAGGUGCAACAUGGCUGAAAAUUUGAGCUGAGCAGCUGCUGUUUUCUGCCCUGUUUUUCAGCCUUCCAUUCUUUGGAAAAUAUAUAAUCACACUCACUGCAGUUCUAAGUGUUACCAAGGGAACAGUUAUUGGCAAUCACUGAUGUAGUAAUUGAUGCACCAUUGAUCAGAUUUAUCUUUUUUCUACCACUCUGAUGUUGUUAUCCACAAGAAAUGUUAUUUCAGUCGUCUUUUUCAUCCUUUGUUUCUUUACUUCAUCUACUCAUGUGAAUCUGUAGAUAUGUACUGUAUGUAGAUAUGUGGCUUCACAGUAUUCAAGUUAUUAUUAUUAUAGCUAUAAAACCAGCAAACCUUUA